CUCGUCAGUGAAUGCCAAAGCGAAUCUUGCUGCAGCGACGAAUGCAACUCUUGGAGGAGUCAGCUCGACAGAUGGCAGCCCUCCGACUAUCGAAGAACUGAAUCGAGCUGAGGGAAUCGACGAAUACUUGUUUGGAGGCGACAUGGUCCUUACUGAGGAGCAGCUGGUCGCAUUCGAGAAACAGGCCGAACAUCCCACACGCACUAAGCGACAGAUGACAUCACCAUCGCGUCGCUGGACGAACAACAGAGUUUAUUAUUAUUUCGAUACAAAUAUAACUGCAGCUCAUCGUGCCUUCGUCAGAAAGGAGCUGAACUACCUUCAAACUCGUACAUGUCUCUUUUUCAUCGAGAAUGCCACAGCAGCCGCUCGAUUAAAAGUGAUCUACGGAUCCGGUUGUUGGUCCUACGUUGGAAGGCUUGGUGGUGAACAAGAGUUAUCCUUGGGCAGUGGCUGUAUGUCGGUAGGAAUUGUAGCACAUGAAUUCAUACACGCUCUCGGCUCCCUGCACAUGCACAUGCGAGAUGACAGAGACACAUACCUUAAUGUCAACAUGACGGCCAUACCGGAAGCACCCGCCAAAACUACGUCAAGGCAACGAAAUCAAUCAACAACACGCCAUACGAGUACGGUAGCGAUUAUGCAGUACGCGAGCAACAUCUACAUGACUGCAAAGCAAGCGAGGUACCAGCGUACAAUGGGUUCAAGAACAGUCUCGUUCUACGAUAUCGUGAUGAUCAAUAGGUUCUACCAGUGUUUCGCUGCUUGUGCCGGCAAAGGAGUCACGGGCAAAUGCAAGAACAAGGGGGUUCCAAAUCCGAAGAAUUGCAAUGUAUGCAUUUGCCCGUCCUGGAUACGGUGGAGCUCUUUGUAA